GGAUACUUGAUGGAAAAGCACAGAGUAUUGAAUCUGAGCUGAAUAAAUCUCCAGACUUUGUGUAGUUUCAGGCGCGGGUGUAGACUACACUGCUUCCUGUUGAGAAUAAAGGGGAAGUCCUUAAAGGAAACUACAGCUGUCACACCAGGGAUCAAAAUGAGCAUUCAGGAACAGGUGGAGAAGAAAUAUGACCCACGAGAUACCACCCUGAAGUUUGUCGACAGGAGGGAUGACUUGGAUCCAGUGUUUUCAGAGGAUGGUGAUGGAUGUCUCAGAGCAGAGAUGUCCUGCGGCCACGCCGUCACCCCUGAAUCUCUAACACUGUGGUGUCGCAGCCAGCUGGAUGAGGGGAUUUAUACAUUCAGAUGCCCUGCAGUGGUUGAAGGUACCACACUGUGUAAUAAACAGUGGUUGUACCAGGAAGUGCGCAGACUGGCUGAUUUGUCUGUGGAGGAAAUGGAGCACUUUGAGGAGACCAUGGCCCGCCUGGCUGCUGCUGAAUACUGUGAGAUUCAGCCAUGCCCACAGUGCAAAACAAAUGUGGAGAGGAAGGAUCUCUCCAACCUGUGCGUCCAGUGCACCAUAUGUACAGCUGAUCAAAAGAAGAACUAUCAGUUCUGCUGGCAGUGUCAGAAGCAGUGGAAGGGUCCAGGCCCUCGAUCGGACCGCUGCGACAACGACGGCUGCGUCAACAAGGACCUGCAGCUUCUGCAGACAUGUAAGACCAUCAGUCUGCCCGAGGUGGAGGGCGUCACCAGCUGCCCCUCCGUCCGAGCCUGCCCUACAUGUGGCAUGAGGGUGGAACAUAACCGACAAUACUGCAAAAAUAUUAACUGUCCUCGCUGCCGUGUGGAGUUCUGUUUUGUCUGCCUGAAACUAAAGCGUGAAUGUUGUCAGAACAGUUCACCAUAUAAAAUCUGUCCCAGUGGUGUGGCUCCCAGACAAACCUCCAUCCCCGUCUGGAAGAGAAAAUGAUGGUCUGUCUUCACUUAAUGAGCAAAAGAAAUUCAGAAUAAUUAAAAACCAAAAACAAAAUGAAAGCAUUUAUAUUUAAAGGUAUUAAUAGUUAUAUUAUCCUUUAAACUCUUAACAGUUGUUUGAUAUGUACAAAAUAUUUGAGCUGUAACUCAGCACCAAAAGACAUGGAAGAUUUUACCUAGCUCAGUGUAGAAAAAUGUAUCUUGUAAACUAUAGAUGAAAAACAAAAAUGUGAAAUGUGAGAAAUAUAGUAAUUAAAAAAAAAACAUUUUGAAUUUGUUUAUUCAUAUUUCAGAUUCACCCAAAUAGAGCUCAUAUGCAUCAGUAUCUUUAAAAUGAGAAACUGAACAUCGUACACAUGCACAGACACUUCAUUUUGUCACAACAGUUUGUCACAUAAUUGUCAUCUAGUUUAAUAAAUGGAAGACAAAAUUUAAGAA